AUGUGUAGCGCCAUGAUCAAGGCUGCACCCGGUGAUGAUCUGACCGCGCUUCGUGAGAAGGCUUUCGCGGCUUUCAGAACCGAGUGCCGUGGUAAACAAGGCAAUCUCAACGACACCAAAUCUUGCUCGUUCACUUUGGAGCCGUCCGACCCUCCAGUUGCCACGUUCAUCUUGCAGCCGCUGAGGGCGCCUUUCCUGUUGGACUUCGAUGUAAAGACCCACCGCGAUGCCAUAAUAGUCCUGGCGGAGGAAAAGACAGAAGCGUCUGUCUUUGCCUGGAUCACCAUAGGUGGCUGGUCAAGACAGAGGUCGGCCAUCCGUGCCUGUUUCGUCUAUGCCUCACAGGAAUGCCACCAGUUGCUGGGUGGGCGUUCAGAGCACAUCGAGGUAGAUAUCGUCGUCGACAGUGAAAGUCGCCCCUUUUGGAUGGCGUACAAACACGGCGUGGUGACCGUCGGCAAAGGAGGACAGGAGGAGGCUUUCUUGGAGUGGGACGCCGCUGCGUAUCAUCAUCGCCACAUAUCAACGCCCGUAUACGUCGGUAUAAGUUCUUGGAGACAUGUACCCGCGGAGUGGGUGUUCUACCAAUUCUGUGCUUAAAAAAACAAAAGCAUUGGGCAUGAUGAGGGUGCUGUAUUUCGAGGUUCAGACAGAAAUAUUUAGGCAAUUCAGCAAAAUACUGCAAUCUUAUGAUUUUAAGAAAUGUCGUUUUUUAAGUAUAGCAACCGUCAUACUUUCUCUACAUGUGCUAAAUGGGAGACAAGUGAGAACGAGGUUGACACCCUACCUGCGUCACGAAAAUAUAAGUCAUAGUUUUGGAAAUGAUCAAAUUGGA